AUGGGGACGUCCAAGGUCAGCGCUGACGGAGAUGGGCGGCGGCGGCGGCUGCAGUCGCACCGGGAGAGCGCAGCGGACGGGACCUCCGCCCGACAGCUGCAACGACACACAGAUCCAGAGGCACCGUCAAUCCAGCACUCUCGAGAGUCCUCAGCGCCGUCGAGUAGUCACCUGACAGUGCGUUAUCACACUCAGUCUUGUAGAACGGACACUCAUGCCAUCAGUGAACUAAAAGUAUCCCAUGAGGGUACGGGCAGUGAUCAGUUCCGUGAAUUAGUCGGCUCUAACAAUUAUGAAAUCAAUAGAGCCUUUGAACUUAGUGUGCAAAGAAGCCCACGUCCUCAGUACCGCCCUCGUUACGGCAUCAGAUCACACAGACUAAAGCGUGCAGUCCGCUGGGAACGUAGCAGAGCCGACGGCCAGCUCCAGGACAAGAGUGGCGCAGCACAGCGGUCGGGCAGAGGUCAGUCUGGGCCAGGAGACGCCCAGCGACCUCACCCGGCACCGUCAGAAGGCGCUGCCGUGUCUCCGCGCGCCGGCUGCGACUGUUCGGUGCUCAGUCUGCUGGGGCUGGCGACCAGUGGCGCGGCGCUGGGUGCGCUGGGCGCCGCGCUGGUGCAGCAGCUGGCCAGCGGCGGCACCGGUCGCAGCCAGCAGGCGACGCCGCUGGCCGCGCUGGUGCCGCCCCGGCUGCGGGCGGCGCUGCGGGUGGCACUGGUCGACCCGGACCGCCUGCUGAGUGUCACCUGCGGCGCGGCCGGCCGGCUGGCUGAGGCGGCCCGCAGCCCGGUCUCGCUGCCGCGGCCGGCGGCCGGCGGACGCAGCAUGCUGGAGGAGUGCGACUGCUACGGCGGCAUGCUCGGCUCGCUGGCCGGGUUUGCGGCGCUGGCAGGCGCCAUAGCCUUCGCCGCCACAGCCGCUGUACUUGCGACGACGACGACAACAACGACAGCAGCGCCGGCAGGGGCGGGAGGACGGGCGGCGAGUCUCUUCGGCAAGGAGACAG